GGUCGAUCGAACGUCGGCCAUAUCACGCAGCGGCGACACUGCGACAGUGCGGUAGACGGCUGACCAACGGCACGCACAAGGUCCGUAGCCCGAGAGUUUCUGCGAAUAUGGCCCGAAUCGUCGCCGCGAAAGACUACCUCGAGAAAGCACUGAAGGAUGAGAGCAAGCCGUGGACGAAGCUGUUCGCCCAGGCGGAGGAGAAGACCGGCGUCGAUCGCCUGUACAUUUUUCUCGGACUAUUAACACUGUUAGCUGUGUACUUGGUAUUUGGACUAGGACAGCAGCUUGUCUGUAACAUAGUUGGAUUUGUUUAUCCGGCAUAUCAAUCUAUGAAGGCACUGGAAAGCCCUAGGAAGGAGGACGAUACAAAAUGGCUCACUUAUUGGGUUGUGUUUGCUGUAUUCACUAUAAUAGAAUUCUUCUCAGAAUAUAUUGUCUGUUGGUUUCCAGUCUACUGGCUGUUCAAGUGCGUCUUUUAUGUAUGGUUGAUGGUACCAACUGAAUAUAACGGAUCCUUGAUUCUCUAUCGGCGUGUUGUCCGUCCAAAGUUCUUGCAGUAUCAGCCUGGACUAGACAGACUUUUAUCCAAUGCACGUGACACAGUUAAAACUGCAGCGGAAGCAUUGUUGACAACCAAACAAGAUUAACGAGAUGAAUGCAAAUCACACUAUAAGAGGAACUUGUGAAAGUCUAAUCGUUCCUUUUUUCUCUCUCUCUCUUUCUCUCUUUCUCUUUCUCUCUUUUGAUCCUGACAGGAAGAGUUGUGAACUUUAUGCUUUUCUGAAUAUUUCUAAGUGUUCUACACUUUAAAUGAUACAAUAAGAAAUAUUGAUUUGAAAAUUGUGCAAAUAGCCACAGGUAAAAAUGACGAUUGUUAAAGUUGUUAGGGAAACAGGUUGAGUGAAAUCUUGCAUUAAUAGUGAAUACACCAGGGCACAAGAACAAAAGAGAAAAAAAUAUCUCCCUCUGAAAAAUAAAUGAUUUGCAAAACAGUGUGAUAGUUUGGUUAUAGAGAUAGAACUGAUUAAGCAAGGUUUUCGUAUGGUAUGGAAAUAUGAGUUUUGUUUCCAGUUGGUCGAGAUGGAGCUCAAAAGCAAAACUUUGGAGUGUUUUUGUAUUAUAGGAUAGGAACAUCGCGUGUGUCUCCGCCAUCCUUACAUGUAGUAAUUGUUAAUAUAUAUAUUCCAAUGUAUCUUACUUUUACAGGGGGCCUCCAUCAACAUCGAUUGAACAUUUAGAUAUUGAUUUAAAUCGUUGUUCACACAUUAGUUGUCUUGGUCAGUCCUCUGUUUGAGCAUUAAUAUUCAUUGUACGUCAAUGAUUCCUCGAUGCUUUGUAUUUCAAAUCGUCCUCGUUAUCAAUUUAAACUGGAUAAGAUCAAUGUUGAUGGAACCAACCUUUAGCAUGUCUUACGUAAGUCUUUAGACACUACUGUUAAGGAGUGGCAAAAAGAUUUUAGAAAUCCAAAGUGUGAAAAAUGAUAAGAUUGUCGGUGAUAAUAUGCGUGUGAGAUUCCGAUAAAUUUCUUAUCACCGUUGCCAUCUUAUCGUACAAUCGUGUCUCGACGCUUAUUUUUUUUUUUUCCAAAAGUAUUCAGGGAAGCGAGCCUCCUUAGCUAGUUUACGAGCCGCCAAGUGCGACGAGAGGGCGGACCAAUGAUACGAUAUCCACGAUUAGUGUAACUUUGUACGCCCCACGUGUGAACUUGCAUCGUACUUGCAUGCGACCGUUUUUCGUUUAGUGUACUCUACACUACUCGUUACAUUCUUCGUUUUUAAAUUGUAGACGUCCAAUCCUAAGACAUGUGUUGCUCAAGCGAAGACUUUGGUAUUGAUGCUGAGUAAUUAAUUAUCGGUAGUUGUGUAUCCAAUGUCCCAAGCGCGGAUCGUCGCGCAUGUCCGGCUUUUUUGUGACCGCAGAGACCAAAUUUUCCCGCAACUCUUUCAAUUGCACUUGAAGCUUAUCGUUUCGUCAACUUAACGACACGCUCGGUGUUACGAUCAUUGCCGGAUUUACGGGUUUUUAAUUGUGAAUUGAAAUAUAUUGACGAUGAUUGUAAAUUGCAACUAAGGAAUGUGCACAAAUAAAUAUCUUUAUUUUAUA